GUCCCUGUCCCUCUUACCCGCCCCCACCCCCUCGGCCACCAUGAACACCAACGUGUGCGUGGAGAGCGGCCCCAACCCCGAGGCGCCGGGGCUGCCCAAGGACAGCCACCUGCCCGAGGGGGCCCUCAACAGCCUUGUGGAUUACAACUCGGAGAUGGAGAGGUACCGCUCCUUCGCCACCUUCUACAAGACCAACGGCGGCGCUUUCCCGCAGGCGGCCAAGAUCGCCCGCAUCACCACCCCCAUCUUCCCCAGCGCCGCCGCCGCUGCCGCCGCCCGCAUCGGCAUGUCCCCCUGGAACUGCGACACCGCCACGGCCGCCGCCGCCACCGCCAUGCUCUGGGGCAGCGGCGGCGGCGGCGGCGGCGGCGCGGCGGGCGGCGCGAGGAAGCCCUCCUCCGCCGCCGCCUCCGCCUCCGCGGCCGCCGCCGCCGCCUCCUCGCUGCACGCCGGCAGGGGCGGCAUGCACCACCGGAGCGACUCGCAGCGGCUGGGCAAGCCCGGCUGCCCGCCGGCCGAGCAGCCCGCCCUGCCCAUGGCGAACGGCAACUUCCUCUCCACCCUCUCCCCCGAGCACUGCCGGCCGCUGGCCGGCGAGUGCAUGAACAAGCUCAAGUGCGGCGCCGCCGAAGCCGAGAUCAUGAACCUCCCCGAGCGCGUCGGCACCUUCUCGGCCAUCCCGGCGCUGGGCGGCCUCUCCCUGCCCCCCGGGGUCAUCGUCAUGACGGCCCUACACUCCCCCGCCGCGGCCUCGGCCGCCGUCACAGACAGCGCCUUCCAGAUCGCCAACCUGGCGGACUGCCCGCAGAGCCACGCCUCGGCCUCGCCCGCCUCCGCCCUGGGCGCCGCCGCCGGCGCGGGGGGCGGUGGAGGCGGCGGCGGAGGGGGGGCCGGCGGCGGCGGCGGCGGCAGCGGCGGCAGCGGGGCCGGGGCCGGGGCGGGAAACCCCGCCAAGAAGAAGCGGAAACGCUGCGGGGUGUGCGUGCCCUGCAAGCGGCUCAUCAACUGUGGAGUCUGCAGCAGUUGCAGGAACCGCAAAACGGGACACCAGAUCUGCAAAUUUAGGAAAUGUGAAGAGCUUAAGAAAAAACCGGGCACUUCGCUAGAGGUCAGAGGAGAUGAUUUCUUUUUCCCCAGCCUCCCGCCGUCCCUCCUCAACCCCCUGCCCCCUCCCCUCCAGUGCUUCUUGUCUAGCUUCAAGAUGCAGCAUCCCUUUUCCGAGGCCUCCUUCAGGCUCUGA